UCGAACCUAUAUUCUGUAUAGGUGAAAUGGUAGAAACCUUAUUUGAACUAUAGCGCAUUUUGAGAUUGGUGUUUGAACAUUUAAGAACUUUUAUUUUACCAAAUGUCCCAACUUGUUAUUGACUUUUCUACUGAGUAUUCAGUUCAGGUAUCUAUUUCACAAAUCAUAUUAGCUUAUCUGUUAGAAGAAAACCUCUCAGUUAUAAUUGUGUUGGUGAUUUUGAUCCCUGAGGUAGUGCCAGGGAUAGCCAUGGGAAUAGCACAAUUCCACCAUGCGGCAUGGAAUUGAUAUCCCAAGGGAUAAACUUGCUAUUGGGUUAUCUCUCGCCAAACAAUUUAGUGUUUGGGGAUGCUAUCCCCGCCCUGUUCGCCAACCAAACACUUCCUUGAGGUUCAGCAAUACUAUAACAAUAGGCUCAAGGUGCUUAGUUCUUCGAAGGAGGUCGGUGUUAACCCGUACCCGCAUAAGUUUCAAGUGUCCAUGACAAUUGUGGAAUAUGUGGAGAAGUAUGGAAGUUUGAGUGAUGGGGAGCACCUUAAGGAAGUUGAAGUUAGUUUAGCAGGGAGGAUUAUGAACAAGAGAGCUUCUUCGUUAAAGCUUUUCUUUUAUGACUUACAUGGCAGCGGGGCUAAAGUUCAAGUGAUGGCAGAUGCCAGGGACUCUGACAUGGAUGAAAAUGAAUUCUCCAAAUACCAUGCUGGUGUCAAACGUGGUGAUAUUGUUGGCAUCACUGGCUAUCCAGGUAAGAGUAAGAGAGGAGAACUCAGUAUUUUCCCCAAGAAGUUUAUUGUCUUAUCGCCUUGUCUUCACAUGAUGCCAAGGCAAAAGGCUGGCCCUAGUGUUGCUAAUGCUUCCGCAAAGAAAAAUGAAGAAAGACCAACACCUUAUGUGUGGGUUCCAGGAAUGACUAGGAAUCCUGAGACAUAUGUUUUAAAAGAUCAGGAAACACGAUAUCGCCAGAGAUAUCUGGAUCUAAUGCUAAAUCAUGAAGUUAGGCAAAUAUUCAGGACUCGUGCAAGGAUCAUCUCUUAUAUCCGGAGUUUUCUCGACAAUCUUGGUUUCCUCGAGGUGGAAACACCUAUGAUGAACAUGAUCGCUGGUGGGGCAGCUGCCAAGCCUUUUGUCACCCACCACAAUGAAUUGAACAUGAAAUUGUACAUGCGCAUUGCUCCCGAACUCUACCUCAAGGAGUUGGUUGUUGGUGGUCUAGAUCGUGUCUAUGAAAUCGGAAAGCAGUUCAGAAAUGAGGGGAUUGAUUUGACCCAUAAUCCCGAGUUCACCACAUGCGAAUUCUAUAUGGCUUUUGCAGAUUAUAAUGAUUUGAUGGCAGUCACAGAACAGAUGUUAGCCGGAAUGGUGAAGGAACUAACAGGUGGUUAUAAAAUAAAAUACCAUGCCAAUGGAGUUGACAAAGAUCCAAUAGAGAUUGAUUUUACUCCGCCUUUCAGGAGGAUUGACAUGAUUGAAGGACUGGAGUCUAUGGCAAAUCUUGAUAUACCGAAAGAUCUUUCUAGCGAAGCUGCAAAUAAAUACUUGGUAGAUGCAUGUGCAAAGUUUGAUGUCAAAUGCCCACCACCUCAGACAACAGCAAGAUUAUUAGAUAAGCUUGUUGGGCAUUUCCUGGAGGAGACAUGUGUGAACCCGACCUUUAUUAUUAACCAUCCAGAGAUAAUGAGCCCAUUGGCAAAGUGGCAUAGGUCAAAGCCUGGAUUGACCGAGCGGUUUGAGCUAUUUGUCAACAAACAUGAGGUAUGCAAUGCUUACACAGAGUUGAACGAUCCUGUCGUACAGCGCGAACGCUUUGCUGCGCAGCUGAAGGAUCGACAAUCAGGUGAUGAUGAGGCAAUGGCUUUAGAUGAAACCUUUGUUACUGCUCUGGAAUAUGGCUUGCCCCCAACUGGGGGGUGGGGAUUGGGGAUUGAUCGCCUUGCUAUGUUAUUCACAGAUUCACAAAACAUUAAGGAAGUCCUUCUAUUCCCUGCCAUGAAGCCUCAAGAUGAACCUUCAUCCAAAGCAGCUUAGCUGGUUAUACUUCAAUCAAUCUCAACUUUGGAAUUUCCGAAAUUCUAUGUGACAAAGAGGAUUUCACGGAGAUUGAAAGGCGUACUCUUGGCUACUUCAUUUUUGUUCACUUUAUCUUCUAAUUGAAUAGGUGUUCAUAUAGAUUCUUAACUGCAAAAGUAUGCUUUUGUUUGCUGUUGUUUUUUUCAUUUUCUCACAUUACAGUUGUUGUAUGUGUUAAUUUUUGUUGCUGUCUAGUAACAUUCACAUGGGUAUUUAUACAGUUGAUGGGAUUUUUUUUUUUUUUUUUUUUUUUUGGGUGUUUUCACAAUCAGUGGGUUCAGUUGUUCUUGUAAUUUCUUAGGUAAAACUGUAUCCAAGUAACAUGAACUUUGGGUCAUAUUGAAAUUAGGCUAUUCAACUUUUGAAAAUCUUGGUUUUACUACAAAACCCUUGAAAUUGAUUAGUUGGAUUCA